AAAGCCAAGCUAGAAAUCAUUGUGAGCGACGCCAGCAUUAGUAACGGCAUGUUGGAAGACAUCACCAUCAAGGAAUUUGAUUUACAUUGUGACAAUACAUCCCCUUCCCAUCUAAUGAGGAAAGAAGAAAAUUUAAGAGAGCCCCGGGAAUAAAAGGAAUCAUGUCCGUGGCCCCUCUCCUCCUGGUCCAAUUCGUGCAACCCUACCUCCCACAGGACCACCCUAGUGGAACCAUCAACACUCUAGGUGCAAAUUCGAGAACAAGCUUCGUCCAGCAGACAGCCUCCAGUGGGACCAAAGCAGCGCUAGAAGUAAUGGCGCGAUCCUAGUUCUGAGAGCUGUCAUCCAGAUAUACCAUCAACGCCAUUAAUCCCGGCCUAGUAGCCACUGACGUGUAC